GAAGUAGAAGGUGGUGAAACUGAAGAGAAGCCUGUGGAGGAGGAGCCUAUACUGAAGGAAGAGCAGCAGGUAAAGGAGGAGUCAGUGGCAGAGGCAGACAGAGCAGAGCCUGUGCAGAAGGUGAAGCCCGAGGAAGCCGCAGAGCUGGAAGCUGCAGAAGAGGCACGAGAAGAAGGUCCUGGGGAGGAGUCAAAGCUGGCCAUGAAGGCAGAGCCCACAGAGGAGUCUACAGGAAAGGCCGGGCCUGCACAAGAGGUCGGGCCUGCUAAAGAAGGAGAAGUUGCGCCUGUGGAAGUGGAGAAAGCUUUGAAGAUGGCCAAGGAGGCCUGUAAGGCAGCUGAGUUUGCAGAGAAAGCGGAAGUGGCAGAGGGAGUAGAGGAGAAGUUGGAGAAUCCGAAGGAAGCUGAGCUGGCUCCAGAGAUGAUGGAGACCAAGCUGAAGACGCUGCCGUGUUUCAGUGUGACCACUGUCAGUCAGCCACUCGUGCCAGCCAGAGCAUCGAGGGCUACUACCACGCUGGCAAUAGAAGAUGCCAUGGGAUUGCUGCAGGCUGACACCAAACAUUCUCAGGAGACCCUUGAAGAAACAGUGAAGCAGCUGGAGACCAUGCUGGAACCCGAGAGCCAGCGCAGUACCUCAGUCCCCAGUAAGAGUCCAGGGUCCCAGACUUUGGAGACCAAGCACACUGGUAAACUGAAGCGGUCCCACUCAGAUGCCUUCAAGGCCAAGCGUUUCCGUGCCUCGCCUCUGCCUGAGCUGGAAGAGCCACAUGAUCCCCUCAUCCAGGUACAGCCCCCGAAGGAAGGAGCCCAGGAUCCUCCAGGCCCCAGCACUGUCCAGGAGCCUACUGAAGUACCUGCAGAUGAGGCACAGCUGUCAUCCAGCGGGGAUGAGCAGCGGAUUCGGAGCAAGCCUUGAGAGAAUGGGGAGCAGGCCAUGAGGCCUGCCUGGUCAGGGGAC